CGCUUUGGCCAAGUCUCCUAGGCAACCGAUUACUCCGCCCCCUCCGGCCCUUUCACCUUUAGGGUGCGCGGCGACCGCGGCCCUCUGGCUCUCUCCCUUUCCCCCCUCCCUCUCCCUACCCCCUCCGCCCGAGCUUUCCGGGCCGGAAGCAAAUAUGGCGACGGCGGCAGCGGAGGUUGGGGCGGCCUCGGCGGAGCUGGUGAUCGGCUGGUGCAUAUUCGGCCUCUUAUUACUGGCUAUUUUGGCAUUCUGCUGGAUAUAUGUUCGUAAAUACCAAAGUCAGCGGGAAAGUGAAGUUGUCUCCACCAUAACAGCAAUUUUUUCUCUGGCUGUUGCACUUAUCACAUCAGCACUUCUACCAGUGGAUAUAUUUUUGGUUUCUUACAUGAAAAAUCUGAAUGGUACAUUUAAGGAUUGGGCUAAUGCUAAUGUCAGCAGACAGAUUGAGGACACUGUAUUAUAUGGUUACUAUACCUUAUAUUCUGUUAUAUUAUUCUGUGUGUUCUUGUGGAUCCCUUUUGUCUAUUUCUAUUAUGAAGAAAAAGAUGAUGAUGAUACUAGCAAAUGCACGCAAAUUAAAACAGCACUCAAAUAUACUCUGGGAUUUGCUGUGAUUUGUGCACUUCUUCUUUUAGUUGGUGCUUUUGUUCCAUUGAAUGUCCCCAGUAACAAAAACUCUACAGAGUGGGAGAAAGUGAAAUUCCUGUUUGAAGAACUUGGAAGUAGUCAUGGUUUAGCUGCACUGUCAUUUUCAAUUAGUUCUUUGACCUUGAUUGGAAUGUUGGCAGCUAUAACUUACACAGCCUAUGGAAUGUCAGCAUUACCUUUAAAUCUAAUAAAAGGUACUAGAAGUGCUACUUAUGAACGUUUAGAAAACACUGAAGACAUUGAAGAAGUGGAACAACACAUUCAAACAAUUAAAUCAAAAAGCAAAGAUGGCCGACCUUUACCAGCAAGGGAUAAACGUGCAUUAAGGCAAUUUGAAGAAAGAUUGCGAACACUUAGAAAAAGAGAGAGACACUUAGAAUUCAUUGAAAACAGCUGUUGGACAAAAUUUUGUGGUAUCUUGCGCCCCCUGAAGAUCAUUUGGGGGAUAUUUUUCAUCUUAGUUGCACUACUGUUUGUAAUUUCUCUCUUCUUGUCAAAUUUGGAUAAAGCUCUUCAUUCAGCUGGCAUAGAUUCUGGUUUUAUAAUUUUUGGAACUAACUUGAGCAAUCCAUUGAAUAUGCUUUUACCUUUACUACAAACAGUUUUUCCUCUUGACUAUAUUCUUAUAACAGUUAUUAUUAUGUACUUUAUUUUUACUUCAAUGGCGGGGAUUCGAAAUAUUGGAAUAUGGUUCUUUUGGAUUAGGUUAUAUAAAAUCAGAAGAGCUAGAACCAGGCCCCAGGCUCUCUUAUUUCUUUGUAUGAUACUUCUUCUCAUUGUCCUUCACAGUAGCUAUAUGAUUUAUAGUCUUGCUCCCCAAUACGUUAUGUAUGGAAGCCAAAAUUACUUAAUAGAGAGCAAUAUCACUUCUGAUGACCAUAAAGGUAAUUCAUCCCUUUCUGUGCCAAAGAGAUGUGAUGCAGAUGCUCCUGAAGAUCAGUGUACUGUUACUCGGACAUACCUAUUCCUUCACAAGUUCUGGUUCUUUAGUGCUGCAUACUAUUUUGGUAAUUGGGCCUUUCUUGGGGUAUUCUUGAUUGGAUUCAUUGUAUCCUGUUGUAAAGGGAAAAAAUCAGUCAUUGAAGGAAUAGAUGAAGAUGAUUCAGACAUAAGUGAUGAUGAGCCCUCUGUCUAUUCUGUUUAACAAUCAUCUUAAAAGUUUUACAGCUGAUGAAUAUCUGUUGUGCUUUUUUAAAGUGCUCAGCUAACAUUAUAUUGAGCCAACUAGAUUUCACAAAAAAAAAAAUGGGAGCAUGGCUAUUUUAAAAAAAGACUAUAUUUUUAUGUUUUCUGAAGUAGCACUGUUGUAUCAUAGAUUAACAUUUUAAAUUGAUCUAAUAAUACUAUGUAAAUAUGAAGCUGCUGACUUUGUGAGGGAAUGUGAACUUCUUCUCUUAUGUAUAAUAAUGUUGAAUUGAUUAAAAGUCAUCCAGUAUUAAUAUUCCCUUUGUCAUUUUUAAAAACAUAAUAUAUCAUUUGUAUCUGUAUAUAUCUUUGAAUGUCGAGGGUAGUGUGGAAUUCUACAGUGCCUAUAUUGAAUUAUUUUAAAAUAUUCACAGCAUUGCUGAUAAAUAAAUGUUACUCCAAUAUGCAA